CCCAGCUAUGUCUCCAUGAAGAGUAACCGGUCAAUAAAUAUUCCAACUAACUUCAGAGAAGAUGACCGUCCUGUUGAUCUGAGUGUGAUGGAGGGUAAGAGAGGAGACUCAUCUGAACCCAGCUGUGUCUCCAUGAAGAGUGACCGGUCACUAAAUAUUCCAACUAACUUCAGAGAAGAGGAUUGUUCUGUUGAUCUGAGAAUGAGAAAAAAGAAACCAGAUGAAAUUCAGAUUCCAGAGCUGAUUGCUGUGUAUCAGGAGCAACUCAAAACCAAACUGAACAAAAAAUGUAAAGUAAUUAUCAAAGGAAUCUCAGAGCUUGGAAGCUUAGUAUGUCUGAAUGAGAUCUACACGGAGCUCUACAUCACAGAAGGUUGGACUGGAGACGUCAAUAAAGAACACGAGAUCAGACAGAUCGAGACCACGUUCAGGAGACCAGCAAUGCAAGAGAAACCCAUCAAAUGCAGCGAGCUCUUCAAAGACACGUCCAUCAGAACCGUCCUGACUAAAGGAGUCGCUGGAAUCGGAAAAACAGUCUCAGUGCAGAAGUUCAUCCUGGACUGGUCUGAAGGAAAAGCCAAUCAGGACGUUCUCUUCAUGGUUCCACUUCCUUUCAGAGAGCUGAACCUGAUGAAGGAAAAACAUCUCAGUCUGAUGAACCUUCUGCAUCGAUUUUUCCCAGAACUGAAAGAGGUAGAUGUGCUGCACUGUGAUGCCUACAAGGUCGUGUUCAUCUUUGAUGGUCUGGAUGAGUGUCGACUUCCUCUGAACUUCCAGAACAACAAGAUCUUGAUGGAUAUUAAGGAACUAGCCUUGGUAGAUGUUCUGCUGACAAACCUCAUCAAGGGAAACCUGCUUCCUUCUGCUCAUCUCUGGAUCACCACUCGACCAGCAGCAGCCAAUCAGAUUCCUCCUGAGUGUGUAAGCCAGGUAACAGAGGUACGAGGGUUUAACGACCCUCAGAAAGAGGAAUACUUCAGGAAGAAGAUCAGUGAUCCGAACAUGUCUAAUAAAAUCAUCUCACAUGUUAGGGCUACAAGAAGCCUCCACAUCAUGUGUCACAUUCCAGUCUUCUGCUGGAUCUCAGCUACUGUCCUGGAGAGAAUGCUGGGUGAAGCAGAAGGUGGAGAGAUCCCCAAAACUCUGACUCAAAUGUUCACCCACUUCCUGAUCUUUCAGCUCAAACACAAGAACCGAAAGUACCAUGGAAAAUGUGACCUAGAUCUUCACCAGACCAGAGAGACGAUCCUGGCGCUGGGAAAACUGGCCUUCCAUCAACUGGAGAAAGGAAACCUGAUCUUUUAUGAAGAAGACCUGAGAGAGUGUGGCAUUGAUGUCAGAGAAGUGUCAGUGUACUCAGGGGUGUGCACCCAGAUCUUCAGAGAGGAGUUUGGUCUUCACCUGGGGAAGGUCUUCAGCUUUGUGCACCUGAGCGUUCAGGAGUUUCUGGCUGCUUUAUUUGCAUUUAACUCCUUCAUCAAUAAAAACAUAAAACAAACUGAUGAUGUGCCUGGUUCUUCAAAAACAAUGUCUGAGUUCCUAAUGAAUGCAGUGGACAGAGCCUUACAGAGUGAGAAUGGACACUUGGACCUUUACCUUAGAUUCCUUCUGGGUCUCUCACUGGAAUUCAAUCAGACUUUUCUACAGGAUCUACUAACACAGACAGGAAGCACUUCUCAAAGCACAGAGAAAACAGUCAGGUACAUCAAGGAGAAGAUCAGUGAGAAUCCUUCUCCAGAGAAAUCCAUCAAUCUGUUCUACUGUCUGAAUGAACUGAACGAUGAUUCUCUGGUGCAGGAAGUCCAAACGUACCUGAACAGAAUGGAUUACAGUUCUCUCAGAGGAGCCAAGCUCUCUCCUGCUCAGUGGUCGGCUCUGGCGUUUGUGUUGCUGACCUCAGAACAAACGCUGGAUGAGUUUAAUUUAAGAAAAUAUGAUAAAUCAGAUGAAGGUCUUCUCAGGCUGUUGCCAGUGGUCAAAGCUUCCAGAAAAGCUCUGCUGUUUCGUUGUAAUCUCACAGAGAAAAGUCGUGAAGCUCUGUCCUCAGUUCUCAUCUCAAACUCCAACCUGAAAGAACUGGACCUGACAGGAAAUGAUCUGCAGGAUUCAGGACUGGAGCUGCUCUCUGCUGGACUGAAAGAUCCCAACUGUAAGCUGGAGACACUGAAGUUGUGUGUGUGUAAUCUCACAGAGAGAAGCUGUGAAGCUCUGUCCUCAGUUCUCAGCUCAAACUCCAACCUAAGAGAACUGAACCUGACGGAGAACGAUCUGCAGGAUUCAGGAGUGGAGCUGCUCUCUGCUGGACUGAAAGAUCCCAACUGUAAGCUGGAGACACUAAAUGUGGCUCUGUGUAACCUGAUGAAGAAAAGCUGUGCGGUUCUGUCAGAGGUUCUCGACUCAAACGUCUCCAGUCUGAAAGAGCUGGACCUGAGUGAUAACCAGCUGCAGGAUUCAGGAGUGAAGCUUCUAUCUGCUGGACUGCAGAAUCCACACUGUAAACUGGAGCUGCUGAGGUUAAUAAAGUGCCACAUGACAGAUGAAGGUUGUGCUGCUCUGGUUUCAGCUCUUACAUCAAACCCCUCGUCACGUCUGAGAGAACUUUAUCUUAGCUACAAUGAUCUCGGAGGUUCAGUGGUGAAGCUGCUCUCUGGUCUACUGAACCAUCAGAACUGCAAACUGGAGAAACUGGAGGUGUCUAACUGCAGAAUUCCAGGUGAAGAUUGUGCUGCUCUGGUUUCAGCUUUGAGAUCAAAAUCAUUACAGAUGACACAACUGAUUCUGUAACAGGGCAGGGUCAGGUGUAUCAGAAAAUGAACCCAGUUUAUAUUAUGCUUAACUGGGCCGAGUCUGGGCCGAGCAGGUUGCCAACAGAGGAGCCAGCGAGAGAGAAACCCUGACUAGCAACGAUUCUCAGCUCAAGGAACCUAUAGAGUGAACAGUUUGUGCCUUUUCUACCCCUGUACACACCAACAAACAAGGAGAGUCAGAAGAGAACUGCUGAAUAAACCGACCAGUAAAGAAACCAGAGGGUAACUGGUGUAAUAGUACAUGCCUCACAUGCAGAGGAAGUGCUAUAUGGACACUGUGUGGGUUCUACACUAAUGUACUGUAUACACAAUAUAAUAUAUAAAAGUCUAGAAAUAGAGUGUUUUAUUUAUUUUGUGCAAACUGUGUUCUAUGUGUCUGGAAAAAGGCAAAAAAAAAUCUUUUAGCUUUUCUAUUUAUUUAAAGUUGAUGCCAGUCAGUGUGACCAGAGUCACUAGAUAUAAAUAAAUUCUGUAAAUAUCUUGUGUUGGUGUAAAUACGUCUUUAUAUCCUCAUGUCUGUUAUGUGUUUUCUUUACUUGCACCAAGUUAUGUAGCUCUUAUAAC